CAAAACAAAAAUCACCUUACAUUGAACACUACCACAUACACAGUCACUGAUUACUUUACACUCACACUAACACAUUCAUGAACAAAAUUGUGCCUUAUUCCUUCAAUAAAUCAGUGCUUGAAGUCCAGUUCAAUGAUCUAACAGCUCAAAUUUCAUCAUGGAUGAUGAAACUCUUUUAUUGUUUACUGUAUACAUUUAUUUACUAAAUCUGCCCCGAUUUAUAAUUUUUGUCCAUGGUAUUUGUUCAUAUGUGCAGUACUUCAUGGAAUCAGGAAUAGAGUUUCUUUUUUCGAAGGAAGAAGAUGGUACAAACAACUCCUUUUCAGAUAGUUUUGGUUAUGGCAUUUCGGAACCAGGAAACUCUCCCCCAACCCCAUCCAUAUUCAAAGGUGGCUGGUUAACCAUCAAUGGAGUCUCAAGUCACAUCCUUACAUGGGGAGGGUGGGUAGAAGAUUUCCCUCCAGAGAGUGAUUCUUUAAUCUUGUUCAUGUGUGGAGUCCCUGGCAUCACACUGUUUUAUCACAACUUCCUAGAAAAACUCUACAACAUACUGAAGAUCCCUGUCUGGACUAUCUGUGUGGCAGGUCAUGAACUUCCGCCCUCGUCUUCCAACAUGGGACUUCCGGAUGAUCCUAAGCUCUAUAACAAUGUUAAGGCACAGGUCGACCAUAAGUUGGCCUUCAUCAAGAGUUAUGUGCCUAGGAACAAGAAAAUCUACCUCAUAGGUCACUCUUUCGGGGCCAAAAUGGUGACAGAACUUUUAAAAGAUGAACAGGUGAGUGAGCAGAUGCAGAAAUGUGUCCUGCUAAUGCCAACCCUGGAAAGGUUCAAGGACACUCCAAGGGCACAAUUCUGGCUGAUGAUGUUGAAGGUGGGAUUCAUCUACCCUCUUGCUUUCUUUGUUUGGUUGCAAUCUACCCUACCGAUGUCCUGGCGAAUAGCAAUUACCCAUCUUUAUUUCCGAUUGCGUGGCCUACGCCAAGUCAGUCAGUGCUGCAAAGAUGCCCUGCUGCAGUUCUGUGAACCCACAGUCUUCUACAAUGUGCGCACCCUGGUCUGGGACGAGCUCAGGGUCAUACAGAAGCUGGACACAGAGAUCUUAACAAGGUACAGUAACAAGAUGAAAGUGUACUUUGCAAUGGAGGACCAGUGGGCACCAUUGACACAUUGUGAAACCCUGAAGACAGCAAUCCCACAAUUGUCAGUAGAGGUGUUGGAUAGCAAAUUCAAACACGCAUUCACACUUGACACUGCACAGGAUAUGGCCGAAAAACUGGUAGUUGAUCUGGUUGAUGAUGACAUUUUGAAACAAGAUUCAUGUUUAUAGAGCAGUAAAGAGAUUUAAUUGAUGGUA